UGAUAAUAAUAUUAUCUUUAUAUAUUGGGGGCUUCGGGCUUCGAAUCUCGGUAGUCGGUGUGUAGUGUGUAGUGUACUAGUUAUCUCAGAUUGUUUUCCAACGAAUACGAAUUUAAUAGUUAAAAUUUUUAGUUUUUAAGUUUAUAGUUUAAUAUUUACGUUUAAUUAAAAACUCAAAACAGAUCAAUCAAAAAAUCGUUACAUUUUUUAAAUAUAUAAUACCAGGCAUAUUUUGAAAGAAGGCACAAUGAAGUGUUUCUAUGAAGUGUUAGAAGUGUCUCGCGAUGUAUCUACUGACGAUUUGAAAAGAUCUUAUAAGAAAUUAGCAUUAAGGUGGCAUCCCGAUAAAAAUCCAGACAAUGUUGAGGAAGCUAAAGAACAAUUUCAAUUAAUUCAGCAAGCAUAUGAGGUACUAGGUGAUCCGCGUGAACGUCAGUGGUAUGACAACCACCGCGAGUAUAUUAUUAAUAGUGGUGAUACACCUGUUAAUGAGCUUAAUCUUUUUAAGUAUUUUUCACCUUCUUGUUAUAAAGGCUUUGGUGAUGACGAUAAAGGAUUCUAUUCUGUGUACCGUGAGGUAUUUAAUACUUUAUUGGUCGAAGAAAGUGUUUAUUUUGAAGUGGAUCCUGAUGAAAUUCCAACAUUUGGUCGGUCAGACAGUGACUAUGCUGAUAUUGUGCGACCAUUCUACAACUUUUGGUGUGGUUUUAACACACAUAAACCAUUUGGAUGGUUAGAUGAAUAUGACAUACGGCAAGCUCCUAACAGACGUGUGGUCAAAUUAAUGGAAAAAGAAAAUAAGAAGAUUCGUGAUAAAGCUAAGAAAGAACGUAAUGAUAAAAUUCAAGCAUUAAUAGAGUUUGUACGUAAACGUGACAAACGAUUAAAAGCAUAUGCCGAGACUCUUAAGUUAAAAUCAGCUGAAAACAGUAAGCGAAUGGAAGAAGCUAGAAGAAAAAGAAUAAAAGAUAAACAAAAAGAAAUGGCCAAUUAUAAAGAAUCUGAUUGGUCUAAGUUUUCUAAUGUAGAAGAGGAGUUAAAGGUAAUUGAAGAAAGUCUUAUUGCCGAAUAUGGUAGUAGUGAUGAAUUUGAAUCAGAUGAUGAAAUGGCCAAUUGUUUAUACUGUGUGGCUUGUAAUAAAGUAUUUAAAACAGAAAAAGCAUUUCAAAACCAUGAAAAGUCUAAAAAGCAUAAAGAAAAUAUUGAACUUAUCAAAGUUGAGAUGUUGAAUGAUGAACAAAUGUUGAAUAAUGAAGAACCUAUUAGUAAUAAUAGUUCUUCUGACGAUGAUAGCCAAAGCCAGUCUGGUGAAGAAAGUGUUAUAGACGAAGCAGAUUACGAUAGCUCAAAUAGCAAUGUGGAGUCUUGCAAUAGUUUAAGUAGUGAAACUGAAGCAUUAGAAUUUACUACAAAUAAAAUAAAGAAUAUCAAUAUAUUAAAUGUUCAAAAAGAUAUUGAUACAGAUGAUAUAUUAGAAGCUGAUUUAAGUAGUGAAGAAGAAACAACAAAUGUAAAAAGAAAACCUAGUAAAAAGAAAAAGAAAGAUUCACAGACUGUUAAUGAAGUUAAUGUAUUAUAUUGUUUGAUGUGUGAUCAAUCUUUUAAAACCGAAAAAGCUUUACAUAAUCAUCAGACAUCUAAAAAGCAUAAAGACAAUGUUAUAUUGUUAAGUGCUAAAAAAACCAAUGAUGAUGAUCAUAAUCCUAUUUCUGAUAAUGCUGAUAAUAAUUCAGUGCCAGAUGUGGAGACUAAAGUAUUAUCAGAAGAGAUUCAACCUCAAGUUGAACCAACAACAGAAAAGUCAACAAAAAACAAAAAAAAACCAAAAAUAGUUGAAACCCCCAAAAUUAAAAAGUCUAAUCAUGCUUGCGGUGUAUGUUCAUCAGUAUUUUCAUCGAAAAAUAAAUUACAUCAACAUUUAAAAGAUGCAAACCAUGCAGUUUUAAAAACAGUAGUUGUAAAUGAUCGCAAGUGUAAAAAAAAGGGAAAAUAAUUAUUAUAUAAUCACUUAUUUUAUUAUAAUUAUUAUAAUUACUUUUUUUUGCUUUUUGUCAUUGUGGUUGAUUAGUUUAAUAUGUUUAUGUAUGUACAAUUAUUAUUACUUAUUUUUUAAAUUUUGUUUCAUAAAAUCUUUAUUUUUAUAACUAUAGGAUAAAGGUUUUACUAUAACCUAUGUUUUGUUCUUAAUUUCAAUUAAGAAAAAAAUAAUUAAAAAUUAAAAUACAGUAUAGAACAUAUUUAAUGAUUUUAUAAAUAUAAUAUCAGAAUUUUUAUUUACAAUCAGUAAAUACUUAUUAAUAAUAAGUUAUUAUUCAUAUAAUGUAUAAUGUAUAUUGCAAUUUAGAGGUUAAUAAAUCAUGUACUUAAUAUAAUAAUAUUAUAUUUUGUAUUGAUUUUCUCAUAUCAACAGUUAUCAAUUUUGUCAUUCAAAAGGUGUAAGGUUUUUUUAUAUUAGCCUGUUAAUAUAUUAAAUAAAGCUUACAUUUUGUAAAUCAAUUGAUUGUGCUUAUUUUACUGUCUAUAUAAAAGUAUUAUUGUCAUAAUAACCCUAUAACUUGUAAACUACCUAUACAUAUUUGAAUAAUUUGUAAAUUAUAUAUACUAAGAAGUGUAAAUUAGUGAUUUACAAAAUGAUCCAAAAUUUCAACUUUCAAGUCAAGAAAGUUUUUAUUUUAAAUUAUAGUCAUUUUACUACUUAGUUUGAAUAAUGUUUAAAAUUAUUGGUAUAGUAGGCGGUAGUAAACUCUCCUGGGUGGUCAAGUCAACAUUAUGUUGACUUGAAAGAAAUAUGUAAACUAUUCAAAUACUUUUUUUUAUUCCUUUAAUUCUUAAUUUGUUUCUAAUUAUUGUAAUCUUUGUUAAAUAAAAAUAACGUGUCAUCAUAGUCAU